CCCGCUGAGUAAACAGCAACCGAGGUGGGGGCUGGAGCCUCCUGGGAGCUGCUGUCCUCUUCCAUGGUGGGGGCUUAAAUAAAGCUGGAGCAGACGGGUUUUUGGCAAAGGGCACAGGCGGUGAACGCGGCUGCUGCGCAGUAUCUCCAGCACGAAUCCUCGCUCCCUCAGGGAUGGGAUGCAGAGAUCAAGUUUCUUGACACCUUAAAUGACUGCUUCUUGGAGCACCUAGUCCUGGAAACCACCAGAGGAGGCAAUUCUUGAUUUAAUCCUAAAUGGAGCACAGGAUCUGGUCCAAGAGAUUCCACCAUGCUCAGACACCUUUGUCUCCUAGCGCUCUGGCUGCUGGGCUCUAGUGCUGCCCUGGCUGACGUUCAGCGCUGUCAUGCCUCCAGGGUCCAGGCUUCAGUGGUCUCCAGCUGCCAAGCUCAACACCAUGAGACGCUGCCGGAAAUUGACCCAUCCACCCAGAUCCUUCUGCUGAAUUUCAACCUCCUCUCCAACAUCUCGGCCUCUUCCUUCCCCAGGCUGGAGAGGCUCAGGAAGCUGUCUCUGGGAUGUCAGCUGGGGGGAUCACUCUCCAUUGGAGAGAAGGCCUUUGAGAAGGUGGCCAAUAUCACGUUCCUGGACCUUGGGGGCAACAGGAAGCUGAGCCUCCAACCCACGGCCUUGGCUGGCUUGCAGCAGCUCGAGGUGCUCCUGCUGGAUGCCAAUGGCCUUGACGAGACUGUGCUGGAGGGUGGCUACUUCCAAGAUUUAGUGUCCCUCAAAAGACUGGAUCUCACAGGGAACCAGAUAAAGAGGCUGAGACCCGAUUCCUCUUUCCAAGGCUUGAAGCUGCUGGCUUUCCUCCAGCUCCGGCUGAACAGGAUCAAGACAAUCUGCGGGGAGGAUCUGACCCACCUCGGGGGACGACACCUGUCUCUUCUAGAUCUCUCGUCCAACCUUCUGUCCUAUAGGGACCCUUGGUACAACCACUCCUGCCCCAGUCCCUUCCGCAACAUCACAGUGGAAACUCUAGAUGUCUCCUCCAACCCGUGGGAUGUGGGUAGUGCUGAACGGUUCUUUAAGGUCAUGGCGGGUGCCCAGGUAUGGCAUCUGAAGUUACAGCACUCGGGGGCCAUUGGGAGGGGGUUUGGGUUCAAUAACCUGCAGGGCCUCUCUGCCAGCACCUUCUCAGGGCUCAGCCGGAGCAGGGUCCUCUCUUUCGACAUGUCUCACGGCUUCCUCUCCAAGCUGGGGCCUUUGGUCUUCUCGGGUCUCCCUGAGCUGCGCGCGCUGCGCCUGGCAUCCAAUCAGAUCCACGAGAUCUGUGGGGAGGCCUUUGCUGGACUGCAGCACCUCUGGACCCUGGACCUCUCCCACAAUCUGCUGGGGGAGCUGAACACGAAGACUCUCCAGAGCCUAAGCUCUUCCCCACUGCUGCACCUCAACCUCAAGUCCAACCACAUUGGGGCCAUCCAGCACAAUGCCCUGGAGGGACUGAGGACCCUGCGGAUGCUGAAUCUGCAGGACAACGCCCUCUCACGCAUGCUGUCAGGGCGGCUCCCUGCCCUGGAGCGCCUGCUGCUGGGCCAGAACAGGAUCAAGGACACUUGGGGAAUUGGGAAGCUUUCCACAAACCUGACCUUCCUUGACUUGUCUUCCAACCGCAUGCAAGACCUGAGGGGACUCUGGAAUGAGCUGAGGGGCAUCCCUGCCUUGCAGUUCCUAAACCUUUCAGACAACCUGAUCUCAAGGUGCUCUGAGCGCCAGGACAGAGCCAUACCCAAGCGCAGUCAGCUCAGGGUGCUGGAUCUUUCCCAGAACUCCCUGAAUAUUAUCUGGAAUGCAGGGGGCUGUGUGGAUGUCUUCCACCAUCUAGACAGGCUGACAGCCUUGAAUCUCAGCAGAAACAACCUCCAGACCUUGCCUGAGGGCCUCUUCCAGGGGCUGGUGUCUCUCCAGGCUCUGGACCUGUCUGGGAACCUCAUGGCCAUGCUUCCUGAUGGGUUGUUCCAGGAUCUGCGCUCCCUGCAGGUGCUAGGGCUGCAGAGUAACCCCUUGGUGACCCUGUCACCAUCUGUUCUUCAGCCACUCCAGGCACUGGCAUUCCUGAAUCUCCAGGAGGUCUCUCUGCUUUGCCACUGCAGCUUGCAGGACCUGGAGGCUUGGCUGCACUCCACCAAUGUGACCCUGAGUGCUGGGAAGCAAGGGGUCACCUGUCUUGUACCCACCCCUCCCUUCCCAGGAAUGCCCCUCCUUUUCUUUACCCAAAGCAGCUGUGUCCAGUAGUACAGCCCAUGCUGUGCCCAGCUUUCCCCAGCAUAGGAUCCCACCUGUGCGGCUUUAAAAGCUGUUCCAUAUGCUGUGCGCUUGGCACUGAACUGUGAUACUUAUGCGAUCACAGGCUGCGAUGCCCAGGCACCUGCAGCUGUGAACCAGUUUCCCAAAGGCAUAAACACAGCCUGGACUAGGAGUCAAGGCAUCUUGGUUCGACUCCUAGUUCUGGGAGUAGAGUCUAGUAGUUAGAGCAAGGGGAAGGAAGUAGGGUCUAGUAGUUAGAAGGAUGGAGCUGGGGUGGGGGUUCAGUUGUAUUCCUGGUUCUGGGGUCUCAUGGAUCAGAAUAGGGGGGCUCAGAGUCAUGACUCCUGAGUUCUGUUUCCAUUCUGUGGGGUCUAGUGGGUUGGAGUAGAGGGCUGGGAGUCAGGCUCCCUGGUUUCCAGCUCCAGGAGGAGAGAGGUCUAGUAGUUAAAGCAGGGGUGUUGGAAGUCAGGAGUCCUGGGUUCUAUUCACAGUCCUGCCCCUGCCUGUAUAACCCUGUACAACAAUUCUCCUUUGCCCAUCUUACAGUAGAGGCAUUGGGAGAUUUCAUAAAUCUCUGGGGUGUUAUAAAGUGCUCGGUGUCAUCACCUUUAUUCUUCUAAUGCCUGUAGAAUGGGUUGAAAUCCCUUAUAGCUCCUGGCAUGGCAGGAACUAUGCUUUCUCAACCCUGGAGGAUUAUGGGUACACUGUGGGCAUUAGGCAGGGUCUGUUUAGCACAGAUGCAAGUUAAAUCACUAGCUACACUCCAGUCACUGGGGUCUUGUCUUUCUUAGGGAACAAGGUGUGAUUUUAACACGUUAGCCCAUAUCUGUUAACUAACCCUGUUGACAUGUUGAAAUCAUAGUGCAGACCAGGUGAGCUGCAGUUUUAACAUGGUUAGUCUCUAAGGUGCCACAAGUCCUCCUUUUCUUUUUGCGAAUACAGACUAACACGGCUGUUACUCUGAAACCAGUUUUAACACGUUAGCUUGUCAAGGUAAACCCAUAUUAAACCUACAAUCACUUUGUCUAUACUAGGAUUUUAACAUGUGUUUAAAAACACACAUUUUAUCCUUACUUAGACCAAGGGAUGCGCUCACCCAAGAGGAGUGCUGGUAUUAUUCAUUAUUCUUAUAUUGUGUUAACGUAGUGCCUAGGGAUCCUAGUCAGGACCCCUUGGUGCUUGGUGCUGUACAAACACAGAACAAAACUCCCUGCCCCUACUUCAAAAAUGACCCACAAGGCAGUGCGCUGGACAGUGACACAGGGGGCACUCGUACACCUACUCACAGUGCAGUGUGCCGUUUGCUUUCACAGCCUCUCACAGUGAGGCUGCGUGGUACUGGCAAAGGCCAUGCUGGUGACACUGGAACAGCAGCAGCUGUAUGCUGGCAAAAAUACUAUUGGUAAAACUUUCAAGGGUGGAUGUGGCCUUAGAUUGCAAACUCUUUGGGGCAGGGACUGUCUUUUAGUUCUGCACAUGUACAGCACCUAACACAAUGGGGUCCUUGUCCAUGACUGGGACUCUAGACGUCAUCACAAUACACAACAUAAUUAAUAACAAUGUAUGUAGACAUGGUUGGGGCUUGCAGAUGGGAGCUGGGAUUUUGUAUGAGUGCUAUUUCCUAAAUGGUCUCUCUGAAAUAGCAGUGUUGAUUUUUUGUUGUUACCUUUGCCAAUAAAACCUCAAAUUCUUAAAUGCAA